UUGAAUCAGUCUUCUUCACAGAGAUUUUAUGAGUAAAGGGUUAAAAAACUCAUGCAUCGGAAGCAUGGAUUUUCUCUCUACUUAUACAUCUAUCUUAAAAACUAGUUGUGAUUUCAACUGAAACAUAUGUUUUGCGAGGCCAACUUCGCCAAAAGAAGAUUUUUGAGUGUUGAAGAUGGCAUCGGAAAAAGACGAUCUUGUAUGGGUUCUCGACAAAAGAGUUGCAAUCUUAUCAGUUUUUGCAUUUGCGUUUCUUGUACGCGUCUUGAUAUCGCUACAUCCCUACUCUGGCGAAGGGAAACCACCAAUGUAUGGAGACUAUGAAGCUCAGAGACAUUGGAUGGAGAUCACUGUCCAUACUCCUGUAAAGGAAUGGUAUAGAAAUACCACUAAUAAUGAUCUCAAGUACUGGGGUCUUGAUUAUCCUCCACUCACCGCUUACCAGAGCUAUGUUCAUGGAUUGGCUUUACAAGCCUUAGAACCUCAAUCUGUUGCCCUUCACACAUCCAGAGGCUAUGAAACACCUAGCAGUAAACUUCUAAUGCGUUGGACGGUGUUAUCAUCAGAUGUGCUCAUAUUUUUCCCUGCUGUUCUUUUUUUUAUUUUUGCCUAUUAUCAAGGAAUGAAAGAUGAAGAACUUGCAUGGGCACUUGCAAUGGUUCUUCUUCAGCCAUGUCUAAUGUUGAUUGACCAUGGCCACUUUCAGUAUAAUUGCAUCAGCCUUGGUUUUACUGUUGGAGCAAUAGCUGCAGUUAUUUCAAGGAGAGAGCUGCUUGCUUCUGUUCUUUUCUGUCUGGCGCUUAAUCAUAAACAGAUGAGUGCAUAUUAUGCUCCAGCUUUUUUUGCUCAUCUUCUGGGGAAGUGUAUACGUCGUCAAAAGCCCAUUUAUGAGGUCAUAAAGCUUGGCCUUGCAGUUCUUAUAACAUUUACAGUUGUUUGGUGGCCUUUUAUUUACUCCAAGGAAGCCAUACUAGAGGUUCUUGCACGCUUAGCACCAUUUGAACGGGGCAUAUAUGAGGACUAUGUUUCUUCUUUCUGGUGUGCCACUUCUUUGUUCAUAAAGUGGAAGCAGAGAUUUUCAAUGCUAACACUGUCACGCUUUGCUUUGGGUGCCACUUUGACUGCAACUCUACCAUCUAUGGUUCAGCAAAUAUGUGCUCCAAGUAAUAGGGGAUUCUUAUAUGCAUUGCUCAAUAGCUCGUUUGCCUUCUAUUUGUUUUCAUAUCAAGUCCAUGAAAAGUCAGUAUUGCUUCCUCUACUGCCAGCAAGCCUCCUGGUUUUGGAAGAACCUCGUCUUUUCAAGUGGCUGAUAUUUUAUGCGAUGCUUUCAAUGUAUCCCCUUCUUCGUCGUGAUGAAUUGACAACAUGUUAUAUAGCUCUGUUGUGUUUGUUCAUCCUUCUAUUUUAUGCACCUGUGGAAAGAAAGAUGGAAGUCAGCAGGAAUGAUAAGAUACAACAGAGGGCUCCAAAGUUUUUGAGGUUACUAAUGCAGCUUUCCUUUUUGAUCAUAGUCAUCCUGCAUCUAUCAUAUAUGCUUUUGCAACCUCCGAAAAGAUACCCCUUCAUCUUUGAGGCUCUCAUUACAUCAUUUGCAUUUUCUCAAUUCGCUGUGCUUGCAAUAUAUACAAACAUAAAACAAUGGAGGUUACCUAGGGACAUGGCAUAUAGUUCAAUUGGCAAAGAAAAGAUUUACUAACUGAGAAAGUUAGUGAACUAAUUUUCAUUUAUUCUAUUUAUGUAAUACUGUUUUGUCUCUCAUCAACUGAUAUUCAUGAGGAACUUUUGCUUGUUUUUAACGAAAUAAAAGCAAUCCUCAAUUCUUUCUGACA